AUCUGAAAAAGACAGUGGAAGGACAAGGCUUGUAUAAAGGGCUUGACUCUCUUACAGAUCAGACUAUUGGAGAGUUUUAUCCUGAUGAUGUAUCCGGAGUGCAAACUAAAGGUCAUAGUAAUACAAAGAAAAACUUUACAGCUCUUAAUGCUUCCAAAGUAGAUCACAAUGUCCCAAGGCAUCGGUGUGUAUUAUGUAACAAGGAGUUUCUAGGAGGUCACAUUGUAAGGCAUGCCCAGGCUCAUCAAAAAAAAGGCAGUUUUUCAUGUGUAAUAUGUGGUAGGAAAUUUAGAAACAAAGGACUUAUGCAAAAGCAUUUGAAAAAUCAUGUAAAGAAAAUUCAGAGGCAGCAAAUUGCUGUAGCUCAACAAGAGGAUCAGGAAAUACCUGCUUUGGAAGAAAUACAUUGUUCUGAUUCUUUUCUUUCUUAUGAAAAUGGAAAUGCUGAUGAUAAGAGCUUGGAAGUAGAGCUGCUUACUGCUUCCACUGAUAGAAAUAAAGAAAUCACCUCUGAGCAUGUGACUGAAGUCAUGGAAAUUCCUGUAACUGUACCAGAAGAUGUUACUGAAAACAUUAAAAAUGGCAGUUCUGAGACUCCUUUAAAUAAUAUUCUGGCGCCUUUACCUGAAUGUGAAGAUGAUGAUGAUGAUGAUGAUGAUGAAGAAGGUGAUUAUGAGGAAGAUGAUUAUGACCUGAAUCAAGAAACUUCAGUACUUCAUAAGAUAAAUGGAACUACUGUGUGCCAUCCAAAAGACAUAUAUGCUACAGAUCAGAAAGGAAACUUUAAGUGCCCUGCUCUUGGCUGUAUCAGGAUAUUUAAAAAAAUUGGAUUUCUAAAUAAGCAUGCAAGAACUGUACAUCCAACUGAUUUAAAUGUACGGCAAACAGUAAUGAAGUGGAGCAAAGGAAAAUGCAAAUUUUGCCAAAGGCAAUUUGAGGAUUCUCAACAUUUUAUAGAUCACCUUAAUAGACACAGCUAUCCAAAUGUGUACUUUUGCUUGCAUUUUAAUUGUAGUGAGUCCUUUAAACUGCCAUUCCAGCUUGCUCAGCACAUAAAAAGUCACAGGAUAUUUCAAGCUCAGUGUAGUUUUCCAGAAUGCCAUGAACUUUUUGAAGAUCUUCCUCUGCUGUAUGAACAUGAAGCUCAGCACUAUUUAAGUAAAACACCAGAAUCAUCUACACAACUAAGUGAAUCAAUUCUUUGGGAUGGUCUUACAGACUCAAAUCCUAAUCAUCAGGAAAAAGACUCGCCUAGUAAUGAGAAACAAAGUACUAGUCUGCCAGUGUCUACUAGCAAAUCAAGGAAAGAUUAUUCAGAACCAAAGACAUGUAUAGAAAGUAUAGAAAAGAAUACAGACAGUUCAGUUCAGAAUGGAAAUGAACAUUCUGAUGAUGCUGUUUCAGAUAUAAGUUUGAUAGACCAAAAGAUGCCUAAUGUAGAGCCAAAUUCUGAAAAUAGUUGUACCAUUAGUAAUCAGUUAGUUAAUGGACAUAGUGAUAUAGAACAAACAACUUUAAUUUCAUCAGAUCCUGCUUUGAAAAUUGAUAUAAGUAGAACCAGGAUGGAAAAUGGUUCCAUUUUACCCAAUGUUGUACUACAAGAACACAAUACCCUGCCAGUAUCUCAGGCACCUUCCAAACCAAAUCUGACAAGUGAACAUACUUCAUACGGCUUAAUUUUAACAAAGCCUUAUGUCAGACCAUUGCCUCCCAGUUACCUUGAUGAACGGUACCUUAGUAUGCCAAAACGCAGAAAAUUUCUGACUGAUAAAGUAGAUGCCUGUUCUGAUCAAGAUAAUGUUUGUAAAAAGUCAGUGAAAAGAUUACGAUGUGGCAAAUGCCUGACCACCUACUGUAAUGCAGAAGCACUUGAGGCUCACCUUGCACAAAAGAAAUGUCAGACACUCUUUGGAUUUGAUUCAGAUGAUGAAAGUGCCUGAUAAAAAUGUUUCAGAAAGAUCUGUCUAUCAAGCAGUAGUAUGAAAAAAGCACUACAAGAAAAAUGCAUCAUCAGUUUGCUAUUUCCCUGUUGGCCUUAAUUUUAGAGUGGUCUUGGAUUUUACUAAAGAUAAAGCAAAAGCACAUAUUAUAGAAUAAAUUUGCAGAGAUGUGCUGAUUAGACUCCUAAAGGGUUAUUACAGAACUCCCAAAGUACCAGUUAUCCAGAAAACCACACUUUAAAAGUCGGAUAAUUUAUAACAGCAUGUUCAGUUUCAUUUUCGUGAGAAACAUGCUCAGACAACUAGUCAGAAAGAAAAACCAGCUAUGGCCUUACAGAAAGGGAAGUUAACCCAUUUUAAAAAGGAGAUUGGUUUAUAAUAAAGUAUUAUACAAACGGUAUUUGUUUUCUUUUUAUGAAGCAUAAUCUGAUUAUUCUGGUCAAACAUGGUUUAAGGAACCAUUGCUAUUUGGUUAGAAACAUGGAAAAAAAAACUUGAUUCAUCACAUGUUACCCAUUAAAUAUUGUAACUUGUUUCCAGAUGAUUAGACAGUUCAUACAAAAGUGAAUGAAUGGCAUGCCAACACUGAAAACUAAAAUUUAAGAAAUAAAUAUAAAUCACCAAUCUUUUGCUAAUAAGCU